UGCUACUAAUUUCCUUUCUGUUUUACAGCUGCAGAAUGCCUCAAGCCCUGGGCAAUAGCAGUUCACAGGAACAGGCUGCUGUGUAUUAUGCAUCAGAAUCAAUUGUCUGCAUUGCUAUCUUCACCAUCGUUUUCAUCAUAGGUAUCCCAGGCAAUGGGGUGGUGAUCUGGGUAGCUGGUCUGAAAAUGAAAAGGUCUGUGAACACUGUCUGGUUCCUAAACCUGGCUGUGGCUGACAUCAUGUGCUGCUUGUCCUUGCCAUUUUUCAUUGUUCACCUGGCCCUUCAUGAACACUGGCCUUAUGGCCGGUUCCUCUGCAAAGUCAUUCCAUCAGUCAUAAUCUUCACCAUGUUUGCUAGUGUCUUCCUACUCGUGGCCAUCAGCAUUGAUCGGUGCCUCCUGGUGAUGAAACCUGUCUGGUGUCAGAACCACCGAACAGUGAAAUUUAUAUCGCUCAUAUGCAGUGGCAUUUGGAUGCUGGCCUUUAUUUUCUGCUGCCCUGUCUUCUACUACCGUGAGACAAGCACUUACGAAGGCAAAACAGAGUGUGGGUACAAUUCUGGAGUUGAUGAUUACAUAGAUGAUCCUGUAAAUGUAUCUGUAAAUGUGUCUGUAAAUGAGUUAUGGGACUACUCAACCUACAAUGGUAGUGACUUGUGGGCAGACAUCAACGAAGGUAAUGAUUCUGUACCCCUUGCCUCAGCAGUAAUAAACAUCACUAGGGCUGUCUUUGGCUUUUUGCUGCCCUUUGGCAUAAUGGCAGUUUGCUACGCCCUCAUUGUUUUCAGAACACAUGCAAACCAGUUUCACAAGUCACGCAACAGGACACUGCGAACAAUUGUGUGCGUGGUAGCAGCAUUCUUCAUCUGCUGGGCUCCAUACCAUGUAGUUGGGAUGCUCUUCGUUGUACCUAGCCUUCGAACAAGGCUGAUGGAGUCACUGAUCCUGUGGGACCACCUCUCUACAGCACUUGCAUACACCAACAGCUGCAUCAACCCCCUGCUUUAUGUUUUUGUGGGACGGGACUUCAGGGCAAAGGUGCGGCAAUCGAUGCAAAGAAUCUUGGAAAGUGCCUUUAGUGAGGAACUCACAUCUUCAACUCUUCACAAAAGCCAGACUUCAGCAGACAAGAACCUGAGCAGCACCUUGUAAUGCAGGACUUCCUAUCACCACUGUAGAAGGAACAAGCUAUAGCGCUGCACAUCAAUCACUCUCUGCUUAGCAGGUGGUUUUGUUCCAAUAUGUUUGAUUAAUCUGCAGCUCCAACCUAGGACCCUGCAAGCAUUCAGCUCAUGACAGAUAUAUCCUACACUAGAGAGAUGGGAAGUUGGAAGCACCAAGAGCAAUAAUCUGAGGGAUGACUGGUGAAGCAGAAGACACAGUAUUUUAACCUACACAGACUAUUUUAAGAAAGCAGGGCUGGCUACAGAUUUGUGGUGGGAAUCAUGUAG